AUGACUGUUCCGACACCCCCGAUCGAGCUUUCGGGGCACUGCUCUGUCAUAUACGGCAACACUCUAUACGCCUACUCGCCCAACGGCUUUGUGUCAAUCCCGCUCAAGGAAAAUGGCAACUGGACAACGUUGGAGCCCCCGAAAGCGCGGGUAACCGGUGCAGCCUGCGUCACGGGUGCUAUUGAGGGCAAAGAAAACGACCAGGGGCUCUACGUGAUCGGCGGGGCCGGCGCCUCGUCCGAUUAUUCCGGUCUUCAGCGGUACUCCUUUGCGGACAAGAAGUGGACCACGCUUCAGUCCAGCGCGACAUCCUUGACAAACCGUCAGUACCAUGGGGCUGCGUACAUCCAGUCAAGUUCGAGCAUCUUGGUCUACGGGGGUAGCGUGGGCACCAAUGCUCCCUCGUCUUCGACGUUUCUGUUCUCUACGGAAUCCCCAUAUGCUAUUGACUCCAAGCCCGAUCAGGGUGCCCCGGCGGCAACCGAUCCCAUGCUUUUGCCGUGGAGUGAUUCACAAGUUGCUUUGGUUGGUGGCUCCACCGAUACGGCAAUUUAUGUCUACAGUCUAUCAGGGGGCUGGGCAGCCUCAGGCGCGAGCUUGUCUGAUCCUGUCCCGUCAUCAAUUCACUGUGCUCUGGUCAACUCGGGCAACAGCAAGAUAUUAGAAGCUUUCGAUAUGAGCGCCUCUCCUAAUACCGUGACCAGCUACGCUCUGGUCAACGAUGGAAAGCCUGAGAGCCCGGCAGGCCAAGUGGGAGCUUCAUCUGGAAAGCGAAGCUUGAGCGACUAUCCGACAUAUAACGGCACCUUGUCCCCGACUUCGACGCGAUCAGAUUACGCGCUCGCCCAAGGAGAGAAUUUGGUUGUGCUCUCCAGUGGUCGCGGUCAUAAUUCACUUGCCAUUUUCAACUCGACCUCCAACGGCUGGGUCAAUUCCACUGUGCUCUUCUACGGAAGCGGCCAACAACAUACUUUGAACACAACCACUACAAAUACAUCAACGACGUCGACGACGCCCACGGCCACAUCUUCUCCGACAGUCACCUCUCACACCACAUCGCCCACCCCUGCUGCUGCUGCUGCUUCCGGGAGUGACUCCAGUGAUAACUACAAGACAAUCAUCGGUGCUACUCUCGGCAGUGUCUGCGGGUUGGUCUUGAUCCUACUUGCCAUUUUAUUCCUGCUCCGACGCGAGAAGCAGAAGAGACAGCAGAACGGUCAGGCAAAGGGCGGAAAUAGCAAGGACCGACUUAGCUUCCAGGACCAGGGCAUAGAACCCCUGGCCGGAGGCGCCUACCCCAUGGCAAGGAGUCCGGUACCCGUGGCUUCCAUGUCGAACGACUCGCUCGCCAUCCUGUCCGGGCGGGCUACAGGAGAAAAGUCCUUGAUGCCUCCCCCUGGCAAUGUCGGCUACGGACUUGGCAAAGGCAGGACCAGCCCGCUCUCCACAAUACCAUCCAGCGGCCUUGCUCCGUCAAGCAUAUACUCGGAAGAUGUGCGCCAGUCAGUCGCCAGUACCGCCCCAGGCAACCAGCCCGGAGAUCGCACCACGGAUGAAGGAUGGGGCAAAUAUUUCCAAGACAGCCGCUCGACGAACAUGGCUGGAAUGCAGUCCGAUCGCUCAACCGUCAGCUCCGUCUACACGAAAUCCGACUACCGUGGCAGCGCCUGGCCCAUGUCAAACCUGACCCCGCUGAACUUCGGCUUCCUCGACCAGCCCCAGCCCCUUGGCCGUGUCCACAGUGGCAGCCCAACCACCGCAGACCCAUCACCGGGCCGCAGCCUCGUGAUUCCCGAAGGCCAGUCUGCACGCAUCUCCAGCGCGGACUCGAUCAGUGUUGCUUCCGAGGACGAUCCUCAUGACACGAACUGGACUAGCAGGGGCCAGAGCAGCUGGCUCGGCCGCCCGACCAGCAGCAACUAUACAACUAGUUUCUACAACACCAGCACGCAAGAUAUCCCGUCACAGGCAGCCCGGCAAUCAAACGCCCGCCGUUCCAGCAUCAUCAUACGCGACGACAUCGAUGAGCUCCCUAUCCAGGGCCGGUCCGAUCAGGUCAACUCCGAUAUGAGCUGGCUUAACCUCCACGCUGGGCGAUAA